AUGUCACUUACAGGCGCCCUCCCCGACGCUCGUGCAGCGGCUGGGGCCCGCGCCUGCGCGGUGGGAGCCUGCCACUCCGGGAGGAAGUCGGAAGGCGGGAAGCUCCGCCCCUUUCCCGGCUUUGGCGUUCCCCUCGGCUCUAUCCCCCCCCACCCUCCCCGAGCCGCGAGCCCGCGGGGCGCUGUCCUCCACCCCUCGGAGCUCUCCGCGGCGCUUCCCGCAGCGCCUGCGCGACCCCGCCCCGCCCCACGCGCGGGUUCGCGUUCCAGUUGCCGCCAGGCCUUCGGUCCACCGCACCCGGCCCUCGCUCUCCUGGUCCAGCGGGCGCCCAGCGGCGCAAGCACCAUGCUCUUCUAUUCCUUUUUCAAGUCCCUUGUGGGCAAGGAUGUGGUCGUGGAACUCAAGAAUGACCUGAGCAUCUGUGGAACCCUCCAUUCUGUGGAUCAGUAUCUCAACAUCAAACUAACUGACAUCAGUGUCACAGACCCUGAGAAAUACCCUCACAUGUUAUCAGUGAAGAACUGCUUCAUCCGGGGCUCAGUAGUUCGCUAUGUGCAGCUGCCAGCAGAUGAGGUCGACACACAGUUGCUACAGGAUGCGGCAAGGAAGGAGGCCCUGCAGCAGAAGCAGUGAUGGUUCCUCCUCCCUUCCCCUCCUUCCACUGGUGACCCUUAACCUCAUGUCCCAGCCCGGGAGGCCUCCCUCCCAUACUUGAGGUGUUGUUUGUUUCUACAUAGCAAAGGCUUUUUUUUUUUUUUUUAAGGAAUGUGGAUGAGAGGAAUAAUAGUAGGGAGCAGCUAUCCUCUGUUGAGAAGGGGAGGAAAAGUAGGCUGGGAACUGCGAAGCCUUCCCUGGCCCCAGCACCUGCCUUUCUCACUUCUUCCUGGAGAUGGUGGGAAGAUCUCCCAGAUCUCUCCAGGGUAGCACGUGAUUCAUUUUGGGGAUGGAAGGAAUCUGUCCCGCAUCGGGAAUAAAAUUUAUGACGCAAA